GGCGAACGAGGGGGCGGGCAGAGGCCGCCGCCGCCGCGCUGUGGGAGGCAGGUGGUCGCGCCUCUUUGCCCUGAAAAGGAGGCAGCCGAGGCGGGCGCGCUGGUGGCCGCUCCUCCAUCUCCUCCUCCUCCAUCUCCUCCCUAGGAGCAGAGGCGGCUGUUGCUGGCAGACGGCUCUCCCCCUCCCCCCCGCGCGCGGCCUCUGCCUGCUGGAGGCGACUUCGGAGGCGGCUGCCGCUUCGCUUCGCUUCCCCUCCUUCUGCUCCGGCCGGGGCAUCUCGCCCGCUGCUCCGCCUCCCACCAUGUCUGCAGCCGGGGGCGGCGGGGCGGGGACACCCAAGGCGCUGCCUUCCUCCGGACCCAAGUCUCUGCGGGACAUGCCGCACCCGCUGGCCGCCUCCAGCAGCGAGGAGGCGGGCGCCGAGCUGACGCCCAGCCCGGACUUCCAGCUGCCGCGCAGCCUCGCCGAGAAGGAUCUCAGUUUACCCAAUGGUACUCCUGUAGACACUUCAAGCCCAGCCUCUUCUUCCUCGCUUCUUAACAGACUGCAGCUGGAUGAUGACUUGGAUGGGGAGAUGAGAGACCUCUUUGUCACUGUUGAUGAUCCAAAAAAACAUGUCUGUACAAUGGAGACUUACAUCACGUACAUGGUCACAACGAAGACCACACGAGCAGAGUUUGGCUUGCCAGAAUAUUCCAUGCGCCGAAGAUACCAGGAUUUUGAUUGGCUCAGGAAUAAACUGGAGGAAUCUCAACCAACUCAUCUCAUUCCCCCCCUUCCAGAAAAAUUUGUGGUAAAAGGAGUUGUUGACCGCUUUUCAGAAGAAUUUGUUGAGACAAGGAGGAAGGCCUUGGAUAAGUUCUUGAAGAGAAUUGCUGAUCACCCUGUGCUUUCUUUCAAUGAACACUUCCAUGUGUUUCUUACUGCCAAAGAUCUUAAUGCUUAUAAAAAGCAAGGAAUGGCCUUGCUUUCUAAGAUGGGUGAAUCGGUAAAGUACGUCACAGGAAGCUAUAAACUAAGAAGUCGACCGUUGGAGUUUGCAGCCAUUGGUGACUACCUAGAUACAUUUUCUCUGAAGCUAGGGACCAUUGAUAGAAUAGCACAGCGGAUAAUCAAGGAGGAAGUGGAAUACCUGGUGGAACUUCGAGAGUACGGUCCUGUUUACUCAACCUGGAGUGGCUUAGAAAGAGAGCUGGCCGAGCCGCUUGAAGGGGUGUCUGCCUGUGUUGGGAAUUGUUGUACGGCGCUUGAAGAAUUGAGUGAAGACAUGACGGAGGACUUCCUGCCUGUUCUAAGAGAAUAUAUCCUGUACUCAGAGUCCAUGAAGAAUGUAUUGAAGAAAAGAGAUCAAGUUCAAGCAGAAUAUGAAGCCAAACUGGAAGCUGUGGUCCUAAAAAGAGAAGAUCGCCCCAAGGUGCCCACAGAUGUUGAGAAGUGUCAAGACCGAGUGGAAUGCUUCAAUGCAGACCUGAAGGCAGAUAUGGACAGAUGGCAGAACAACAAGCGACAAGACUUUAGGCAGCUACUGAUGGGAAUGGCAGAUAAUAACAUCCAAUAUUAUGAGAAGUGCCUUACGGCGUGGGAGUCUCUUAUACCACUAUUGCAAGACAAGCCUGAGACCAAAUAAGAAGACACAUCUUUUUCCCCUGACCCUUCCUUCCCUGCUCCAUGGACAUUUGACCCAAGUGCACAGUACCACUUCCACUACCCAUACUGGAGAUAUACUAUGCACAACUUGGUGUAAGGUCUCCCCCCCACUCCCGGAGGAACACCACCUGCGCUGAUCCUUGGGACUGCUCAACCUGAAAACAUUGGAACUGUACAUUUUUGUCACCUUUUUAUUAAACCGUCUGAGUUGGCCUUGAACACUCCUACUCUGUGAUCCUUGGCUAACAGCAGAAUACCCAGGGACUCUUUCUUCUCUUGGACCACUUUAUAUUGAAUGAAAUUGAUGAGUGGAACACUAAAAUAUUAUUAUUAUUAUUAAUAAAAAUCUCUUAAAUGCAA